AUGUCGGCGACAUCUGGAUCAGCAGAGCAGGUUGCGCGUCAGGCGCGCGCGGCGUUCGAAGCCUCCUCUCACCUCCUCUCGUCGCCGUCCUCGUCCGCCUCGGCCGACUCUGUCCGCUCCUCUGCUCUCCUUUCGAUCCGCACCGCGCUGGAAUCCAACCGCGCACGCAUUGCUGAAGCCAACGCUCUGGACAUGGAGGCAGCCACCGCCCUCGUUGCGGCCGGCAAGCUCUCUUCUGCGCUCGCCUCGCGCCUGGACCUGUUCAGCAAACCCGGUAAAUGGGAAUCGCUGCUCGCAGGAGUUUCGGACGUAGCUGCGCUGCCCUCGCCGCUCGACCACGUGCAGUGGGCCAAGCGCCUCGCCGAAGCCACUGAAGCGAAAGGAGCUAUCGACCUGUACCGUGUGACGUGCCCGAUUGGGGUGCUGCUAUGCAUCUUUGAAGCACGACCGGAGGUGGUGGUCAACAUUGCGAGCCUGGCGAUCAAGAGCGGCAACGCGGCCAUCCUCAAAGGCGGCAAGGAGAGCAAACACACCGCUGCUGUCCUGUCGAGCAUCAUCGCCGCCGCACUCGAAGAAGCUGGACUGCCGAGCGGGUUGAUCCAGACGGUGGAGACGAGGGAGGAUAUCCAGAGUUUGCUGCAUCUCGACGAGUAUAUCGAUCUGGUCAUUCCGAGGGGCAGCAAUGAGCUGGUCAAGGCGAUCCAGCGCGAUGCAAGGAUGCCGGUCAUGGGUCAUGCGGAUGGAUUGUGCAUCGGGUACGUGCACGAGGAUGCAGAGUUGGACGCGACGGUGGGCACGGUGGUGGAUAGUAAGACCGACUAUCCUGCCGCGUGCAACGCUCUCGAAACGCUGCUUAUCCACGACUCGCUCGUCAGCACACCGUUCUGGUCCACCCUUGCCAAAGCCCUGCUCGAUGCUGGAGUGGAACUCCGCUGCGAUCCAGCUACGCUCUCCGCCCUUGCCUCUUCCCUCACUUCGGGGGGCAAGGUUGUGCCUGCUGUGGACGCCGACUACUCGACCGAAUUCCUCGAUCUGAUCCUUGCCGUACGCAGCGUCCCUUCACUCGACGCCGCACUUUCCCACAUCACCACCCACAGCUCCGGCCACACCGACGUCCUCUUCACCUCGCCCAACUCGCCCAACCCUACCGCAGCCAAGUUCACCCGAUCCAUCAAUUCGGCCAACGUCUUUGUCAACGUCUCCUCGCGCUUUGCAGACGGUUUCCGAUUCGGUCUGGGUACUGAAGUCGGCAUCAGCACCGGCAAAACCCACGCCCGUGGCCCCGUAGGUCUAGAUGGGUUGGUGAUUUACAAGUACAUCGCCAAAUCCCAACCGCAUACCAACAACGGACCCCAAACCGCCGCCGAAUUCAACGGCGAAAGAAAGUGGGCCCAUACAUCCCUCCAGCCCAACUAUCCCUCCUUCUAG